AUGUCGCGGAGAGUGAAGCGAGAGCAGAGAGAGACGGGAGCUGAUGACUGUACGAAAGAGUUGAUUGUGAGAUUAAGCACUCAAUAUCCGGGUGAUAUUGGCGUGUUUGCCGUUUUAAUAUUGAAUUAUGUAAAACUAAAUCCGGGGCAGGCUAUUUUCUUGGGUGCCAAUGAGCCGCAUGCGUAUUUAUUUGGAGAUUGUGUCGAAUGCAUGGCUGCAAGCGACAACGUUGUGAGUACCGGCCUGACACCAAAAUUCAAAGAUGUACCUGUCUUGGUACGGUCCCGCUGA